UUUAUUUGUCUGACUUGAGUGACAGGAGGCAGGCAGACAGCAAGCUCCAAGCGGGCUGCGGAGGAUGUCGAUCCCGCUGCGGGGACCAGCUCCGGGCGGGACGCUUGUGUUUCUCGCCCCGUCGCCCCGCACCUGCAGCCCUCUGCACCCAUGAAGCCCCCGCUGAUGAAGCCCCGAGCUGCCAGAGUGAGGCGGAAAGUGGCCGGAGACAGAAAGCAUGUACUGGCGCGUCGGGUUUGCCUGGACGCGGUCGUUUGUGGUUGAUCUUGGCCAAAACCAGAGCUUCUCCUCCGGUCUGCUGGGCUCCGAUGAGCAGCUCUCGUUGUAUGGGUACAUUAUCGCCUACCCACUGCAGGACUACGGCGGGAUAAUGUCAGCUCUGGGCUCGGACUCGUGGUGGCGAAAGACUCUGUAUGUGACUGGAGGGGCUCUGCUCGCUGCCGCUGCUUAUUUGCUGCACGAAUUGCUGGCCAUCAGAAAGGAGGAAGAGCUGGACUCUAAAGAUGCCAUCAUACUCCACCAGUUCUCCAGGCCCAAAACUGGCGUCCCAUCCCUGUCCCCUUUCUGCCUUAAGAUGGAGACCUACCUUCGAAUGGUGGACCUGCCCUACCAGAACUACUUUGAUGGGAAGCUCUCGCCACAGGGAAAGAUGCCAUGGAUUGAAUACAACCAGGAGCAGGUGUUUGGUACCGAAUUUAUUAUCGACUUCCUGGAGGAGAGGCUGGGCGCGAGCCUCAACAAGAACCUGACGCCGCAGGAGAAAGCCAUUUCUCGUGCCAUCACCAUAAUGGUGGAGGAGCAUUUCUACUGGACCAUAGCUUACUGUCAGUGGGUGGACAACCUGGAGGAGACCCAGAAGAUGCUGUCAGUGAGCGGGCCCCUGAGUGACCUGCUCAAGUGGAUCCUGAGUCACUUGACCGGCGGGAUUGUCAAGAGGGAGAUGUACGGGCACGGCAUCGGGCGGUUCUCUGAGGAGGAGGUUUAUGCCCUGAUGGAGAAGGACAUGCGCACCCUGGCCACUCUGCUAGGUGAUAAGAAGUAUCUUAUGGGCUCUAAGCUUUCAACAGUAGACGCUGCAGUGUUCAGUCACCUGGCCCCCGCUAUGUGGACACUACCAGGAACGCGGCCGGAGCAGCUGAUCAAAGGGGAACUGAUCAACCUGGCCAUGUACUGUGAGCGCAUCCGCCGGCGAUUCUGGCCUGAGUGGUUCGUGGACCUGGAGGACUUCUGCUACAGCAACACCACAGAGGGCAGCAACUCACAGUUGAAACUGCCCGAUCUGGGCCUCUACUCCCGCACGGACACUUUCCUGGACAAUACACACACACACACUUCACAUACCGGCACACCAAAGGACCCUCAGUCACCCGACAGCGACCGGACAGGCCACUCGCUGUAUGACUCUGACAUGGACACGGAGUGCUCUGAAAUCGACAAGUGUUGACAAAACAUACACGUGUAGUACACGCCACAUAUGUACACACCACAGGAGGGCGCUGCAUCCCCCUCUACUUCUUUGAACAGAAAAUAACUGGGGAGUGUUGUUGGUGUCUCCCGCGUCAGUGAAAAGCUUGAGGACGCUGAGGUCUGACUAGCACACUGUGAUGGAGGGAUGACUGCAGCAAAGGGAAAGGGAGUGAAACAUGGUUUAAAAGUGAUAGAAAAGUGACAGAUGGAGAGAAGGAGAAUGUCAAAGCAGAAAAAUUGCAGUGCAAGGAGAAAAGAGGAGAUUAAAGACCAGGAGUAAAUGAUGCCACUGCUGAUAAACUCCUCCACGUAGUAGACCCAAUCUGCAGUCCCAACUUCUGCUUGGUGUCACAUUUGGCAUAACCAUGGCAACUAAGUAUGUGCGUGACACCCGUUGUCUCCGUAGAAACUCGCACCACCCAGCCUUGUGUGUGUUUUGACCAACUGAGCCCUUAACGCCUUGAAUUGAUAUGACAUUGACACGUAGGGAACUGUACAGUGAUUCAUGUGAAUGAAUACAAUUCAGUGUAAAUAUAUAAAUUGAUCAGAUUUAAUAGAGAUAUUAUAUAUGAGUAUAAAUAGUAUAGAUAGCCUUCAAAUAUAGAAUCAUCCCAUCUGUCACAUGGUGUAAAUGCUGUAGGUGUUUCUACUGUUUGUUGCACACAAUGACUCAACUUGUCUUGUUGUAAUCUCCACACUGCUGGUCUAAGAUCAGUAGAAGGAGCCCUUUGACUUCCUGUACCGUAUGUAUCUGUCUACACAACUGGGAUAUUACAGUAAUGCCUGCUGCCCAUAUUUAAAUAGUGCAGUAAAAGUACAUGGAAGAUAAUGGAUAGGAUACUGCAAUUUGCCAUAAGCACUUUGAAACUAUCAUUUGUCUUAUUGAGAGAAUUAUUUUGCCAAAAAAAAAACAUGUUAGAAGCAUAAUGUGACAUAUGUUGUCAGACGCCUGUGUUUUAUUAUUAAGGACAGUAGCUUUGGGUCAAAUAGACAUUUUACAUGCAUUCAGUCCUUGAGAGAAAGUCAAACAAUCAUGUAGAAAUAGAUGAAAUAGAGUCUGAAUGAAAGUGCAUGGCUGGUACGUGCUAAUGAAAAUCUCCAUUUACACUCCACGUAGAUAACUUUCUCUACAUUUCUUAGCUGGCUUAUCCAUUAAGGGUGAUGAUGUAGUUCGGUUUUGUCGGUGCCUCGGGCCAAAUCAGCCACCCGGAGAUGUAGUUGAUCCUUUGUUAGCAGUUCAGUUUUUGUGAUGGAAACUCUAUGAUUGAAAAGGAAGCAAUAAUCGAGCAGGCGCAGGUUAAUGUUAUGCCAUAGACUGCGUGCGCUGUGUGAAGGUUCGGUGCAGGUUUUAUGUGUGUUUGUCGCUCAGCAAAUGCACAUACCAACAUAUUAUGUAUUUGUGAGGUGAGGAAUAUGGAUGCAAGCAAGGGGUAUACUGUACUGUAUGUAUGCUUCUGUCCAUGGAUGAGUCACCUACUGACUGUGAAUCAUGGCACACUGGUGUUGUUUCCCAUUACAACCUUCUCUUUAUAAUACACACACACACACACACACAC